AUGGCACUGACCAUUUCCCUUUUGUCCCUGCAGGUGCGUUUCUUGGAGCAGCAGAACAAGAUGCUGGAGACCAAGUGGAGCCUCCUGCAGGACCAGACCACCACCCGCUCCAACAUCGACGCCAUGUUUGAGGCCUACAUCUCCAACCUGCGCAGACAGCUGGACGGCCUGGGCAACGAGAAGAUGAGAUUGGAGUCGGACCUGCACAACAUGAAGGGUCUGGUGGAGAACUUCAAAACCAAGUAUGAGGAUGAGAUCAACAAGCGUAACGAGUCUGAAAACAAUUUUGUUCUCCUGAAGAAGGAUACAGAUUCUGCAUACAUGAUCAAGAUGGAGCUGGAGGCCAAGCUGGACUGUCUCACUGAUGAGAUUGAGUUCCUCAGGAGUAUCUAUGAUAUGGAGCUGCGUGAGCUGCAGGGCCAGAUCAAGGACACCUCUGUGGUGGUAGAGAUGGACAACAGCCGUAACCUGGACAUGGACUCCAUUGUCGCUGAAGUGCGCGCCCAGUACGAGGACAUCGCCAACCGCAGCAGAGCUGAGGCCGAGACUUGGUACACACAGAAGUAUGAACAGAUGCAGGUGUCAGCCAGAAAGUAUGGGGACGACCUGAAAAACACUCAGGCAGAGAUCGCAGAUAUGAACCGUAAAAUCAUGAGAUAUCAGUCUGAAAUUGACAUGAUGAAGGGUCAGCGCACCCACCUGGAGAACCAGAUUGCUAAGGCAGAGGAGCGCGGUGAGCUGGCGGUGAAGGACGCCAGACUUCGCAUCAACGAUCUCAAGGUGGCCCUGCAGAGAGCCAAACAGGACACGACCAUGCAAGUCCGCCAGUACCAGGAGCUGAUGAAUGUCAAGCUGGCCCUGGACAUUGAGAUCGCCACCUACAGGAAGCUGCUGGAGGGAGAGGAGAGCAGGCUGGUGACUGGAAUCAAGUCGGUCAGCAUCUCCAAACAGUCUUCUUCAAUGAACUACAACUCUUACCCCCUGGAGAGCAGUCACACCAUUAGCUACGUCCGGGGCUCAAUAGGCGGAUGCAAGAGCAGCAGAACUUACAUCAGUGGCCAUGAGAACAGCCAUGUAGGCCACAGUUUUGACCUGCCUGGCAGUAUCAUCCUGGGAGCCACCAAUGGUAUCCAGGUCUCUACCAGCAGAGACGUGGAUGCCAGCAUCAGCCUGGGAGGCAGCAAAGGCACCAGCAGAGAUGUGGAUUCCAGCAUCACCCUGGGAGGCAGCAAAGGCACCAGCAGAGAUGUGGAUUCCAGCAUCACCCUGGGAGGCAGCAAAGGCACCAGCAGAGAUGUGGAUUCCAGCAUCACCCUGGGAGGCAGCAAAGGCACCAGCAGAGACAUGGAUUACACUGUCACCCGAGGAGAUGAAUGAGGAGACUUCGCCAUCACAGGCGACCAUGGAAUUUGUCUAUUCUUUCUGUAACAGAUUUGUGCUUCCACAACCUACUUUUCAGCCUUCCACAUUCAUUUGACUUUUCUAUCCAGGUUAGUACAUAAUUUACCUGCCAAACAGUGACCUUUCAAACAGGCUAAUUAGAUCCACCUGGAAUCACAGGCAGUCUAACUGUAACCUAAUUUUCCUACCCACAAAUGGUCCGGUUUAAAGUGGUAAAUGUGAAGGGUUAUGUAUUCCUGAAAGGACCCUGAAAGUCGACCCCUUAUGUCUAUUUGGCCUACUUGUGUGAUCUCGUUCACUGUCAAUGGAUGCUAUUCAUCUCAUUUGUCUGUCCACACCUGAGUCACCAGCAGGUGCCAUUGUAGCAGAUGUUUUUCUCUCUGCUUGCUCAGAGACCCAUUAAAGCACUAGGAGAACAAACAA